CUCUGCUGUCAGCAGCACCAGCAAAGUUGGCCUCAAACUUGAACAGAGCUGAAGGCUCCAGCUUCCCGAAGCUCUGCGUGGGCGUCGGGCCUGCCUCAGCCUCCGAACUCAGCUGGUCCGGAGAAGCCGACCCCGGCCAGCUCCCGGGUAGCCCUUGCUCCCCUGGGGGACGCUUCUGCCCCUGGCCUGUCGGCCCCCAGUCUGGGCAGAGGAAUGGUGUGCUGAGCUCUCUCUGGAGCCGAUCAUCUCAGCCUGAAGCUGGAGCAACCCAAGGCCCAAGCCAACAUGGCCAACCCGUUGCAGCCUCAGUUUCCCUCAGCCCAGGAGCCAGGCACCGCCUUACCCCUGGACCUGCCGGAGAUGGAGAUGCUCCUCACGAAGGUGGAAGGCAAGGAUGACAAGCCACUGAAGCUGUCCAAGUCCCUCUCGAGGGCCCUGGACCUGGAGCAGAAUGGCCACGGCCUGCCCUUCAAGGUGGUAUCCGAGGGGCGCCAGGACACCACACUCCCCUGGUCGGCCUCUCGGGCCAGCUCUAGGCGGGCGUCCUCCAUUGCCACUGCGUCCUCUGCCCAGGACCAAGAAGUCCCCAAAGAUUACCUUAUCCUUGCCAUUGCCUCCUGCUUCUGCCCCGUGUGGCCCCUCAACCUCAUCCCCCUCAUCUUUUCCAUCAUGUCUCGAAGUAGCGUGCAACAAGGGGACCUGGACGGGGCCCGGAGGCUGGGCCACCUGGCCCGCCUGCUCAGCAUCACCUUCAUCAUCAUGGGGAUCAUCAUCAUCAUUGUGGCCGUGACCGUCAAUUUCACAGGAGGACAGGAUGGUGACAUCCCUGCGCUCCCAAAGCACGAACUUGGAGGGAAGCCCCCAGGUCUCCCCACUGUCAGCCCACCUCAGAUGUGA